AGGAGGAGAGCCGUAAAGCGUUGUGUUUUGGACUGGAGGAGGUCAUUAGAAAGUGAGGAGUAAGUCGGUUCUCGUGUCACGGAGACAUUCGUUCCCAACCUAUCUCUGAUGCCGGUGUGAGACAAAUACAUUAUUCAGCAGCUCCGUGUAGUGUUUCCACCGCUUCCAAAUGCUUCGUCUCAUCCUGCGGCUCAGGCCGUCCGCCGGGCUCCGCUGUCCCCGUGCCCUCCCGACCGGGCCUGCUGCGCUCACCUCCCGCUCCGCGCCCGGAACCGGCUGUCUGAGGCGGCUGCACUGCGGAGCGGGGUCCCGGGCAGUGCGUUUGAGCUCCGGCCUCAGCCACAGAGGGCCCCUGCUGCGGUGUCCCCCGCUGACAGGCAGCUGUCGGAGCGCCCGUCUCUACAGCCUGCCGCCGCACCAGAAGGUGGAGCUUCCCGCACUGUCGCCCACCAUGCAGACAGGAACGAUCGCUCGCUGGGAGAAGAAGGAGGGGGAAAAAAUCGGCGAGGGUGAACUUAUAGCUGAGGUGGAGACUGACAAAGCGACUGUUGGUUUUGAGAUACUGGAGGAGUGCUAUAUGGCAAAGAUCCUGGUUCCUGAAGGCACCAGAGAUGUCACUGUCGGAGCAAUAAUCUGCAUCACGGUUGACAGCCCCGAUCUCAUCCCAGCCUUUAAGGACGUAACGUUGGAAUCACUUAAAGCAGCCGGUCCCUCACCUGUUGCCUCUGCUCCUCCUCCUCCUCCUCCUGCUGCCGCUGCUCCUCCUGCUGCCCCGGGCAGCUCUUACCCCACACACUUGAAGAUCACACUUCCUGCCCUCUCUCCCACCAUGACGAUGGGAACAGUGCAGCGCUGGGAGAAGAAGGUCGGAGAGAAGCUGAGUGAAGGAGAUCUGCUGGCUGAGAUCGAGACUGACAAGGCGACCAUUGGCUUUGAGGUGCAGGAAGAAGGAUAUUUGGCCAAAAUCAUGGUGGCAGAAGGGACUCGGGAUGUGCCCCUGGGGACACCGCUCUGCAUCAUUGUAGAGAAAGAAAGUGACAUUGCUGCCUUCAAGGAUUAUGUAGAGACUGGAGUGGCAGAUGUUUCCACACCACCUCCAGCUCCAGCACCAACUGCAGCUCCGGUUGCUGCAGCACCCACUUCUGCUCCUGCAGCCGCUGCACCUGCUGCAUCCAGGAAGGGCCGCGUGUUUGCCAGCCCACUCGCCAAGAAACUCGCUGCUGAUAAAGGAAUUGACCUGGCACAGGUCAGCGGCUCUGGUCCUGAUGGACGCAUCACUAGGAAAGAUAUAGACAGCUUUGUUCCACCGAAGGCUGCACCUGCUGUAGCUGCUGCUCCCACACCAGCCGCAGCUCCAGCUCCUCCUGCCCCUGCUGCAGUUCCUGCUGCACCAGCUGGGACCUUCACAGACAUCCCUAUCAGCAACAUCCGCAAGGUGAUCGCUCAGAGGUUGAUGCAGUCCAAGCAAACCAUCCCCCACUAUUAUCUGUCUGUAGACGUCAACAUGGACCAAGUGCUCGAGCUUCGGACAGAACUUAAUGCUGAAGUGAAAGCCCAGAAUAUCAAGCUCAGUGUGAAUGACUUCAUCAUCAAAGCCAGUGCUCUGGCCUGCCUCAAGGUUCCUGAGUGCAACUCCUCCUGGAUGGACACGGUCAUUCGCCAGAAUCACGUGGUGGACCUGAGUGUAGCAGUGAGCACAGCCAGUGGCCUCAUCACGCCCAUAGUGUUUAACGCCCACACCAAAGGACUGGCAGCCAUCAGCUCUGAUGUGUCUGCGCUUGCUGCCAAAGCGAGAGAGGGCAAACUGCAGCCACAUGAGUUCCAGGGAGGUACAUUCACAAUCUCUAAUUUGGGGAUGUUUGGCGUCAAGAACUUCUCAGCAAUUAUCAACCCUCCUCAGGCCUGUAUCCUCGCCGUCGGUGGCUCAGAGAAACGGCUGAUGCCAGCUGAUAAUGAGAAAGGGUUUGACGUAGCCAGCAUGAUGUCGGUGACACUGAGCUGCGACCACCGGGUGGUGGACGGCGCUGUCGGUGCACAGUGGCUCGCGGAGUUCCGCAAGUUCCUGGAGAAACCCGUCACCAUGCUGUUGUGAUUGGACUGUACUGCCGUUAAACUGCAGCAACAGGCCGAAGCCUCUCACUGAAGUGAUCUGAUUGGUCUAAAACCAGUCUGAAACCUCAUGUGAUUGGCUGGCCUGCCACCAGGUCACUCCCAGUUACCCAGAAGGGGAAGAGGCAGAACUCACUCCGCUUACCUGUCUGUCUCGCUGUCUCUCCUGUCUAUUUUUCUCUCCUCUCUCUCUCUCUCUCUCUCUCUCUCUCUCUCUCUCUCGCUCAUCUUCUAUUUAUUGAGGCCCCAUCUCUGAGAGACCAGAAUUAGGUAUAAUUUAUGCUAGAAUAGAGACUGGCCAUAUACUAUACUCACUAAAACAUUGAUAAUGUUUUACAAAGGGAAGUGUUACAUGUCCGACCAGUGAACAUAUUUGUCCCGAAACUUACGUGUGCGCGCGUGUGUGUGUGUGUGUGUGUGUGUGUGUGUGUGUUUCUACCCACUUUCAUCUGUGAUGUUUUUGCCAAUGUGCAGGAAGUGCAGCUAUCUGUGGGUCUUUUGAGUAAAGGGUUGUGAUUAUUUUUUGUCUGCUUGUAGGCAAGAGGAUGGAGCUAAAUGUAAGUUAACUUUGAGAUACAAAGAAAGAUCUUUACACACACAAACCUGUCCUUGUUCAGUGGCCCUACACACACACACACACACACACACACACACACACACACACACACACACACACACACACACACACACACACACACACACACACACACACACACACACACACACACAAUUGAAAUAUUCUGUGUGUUUUCUGUGGGCUGAUGCUACAGUGUGUAUAUUCUUCACUGUGGGAUGAACACAGUGAUGUAUAUACUGUAUAUGGUGGUGAGCUCUGACGAGGCCUCACCAUUUAAUUCUAAAUCUCUACAGUCCUGAGUGAUAACAAACACCCCUAAAGGAAGUACUGGAAUAGUUUUGCCAAUUCUCUGUCAUCAGUGGGGAUGUUUUAUUUUCUAGCCUCAGAUUAAAACACUUUACCUUUUUAAAUAUACUGUUUCACAGCUGGAACGCACAAAACUGGUGCUGGAUGUUAUUUGUUGUUUGAAUAAAUUGGGAGAAGUCA